AUGCGCGGGCGCGGCGCCGAGCGCGCGCUGGCCGCCCGCAGUCGUGGCGGCUCGCGCCGAGUGCAGCAGUGCGCAGGUGCGGUGGGUUUAGCGGCCGUGGUCCUCUCGCCCUGCGACUCGCAGACGCUCGCUCGACAGCGGUCGGCGUCGUUGCGUGUGCUGGUGCUGGUGGUGUGUGUUUGUGCGAGAGGGCGCGAGCCGACGAUGAUGGCGCCCGUCUACCACCCGCAGCCGUCGUCGACGCCGACGGCCGCGCAGCCCGCGCCGGCGCCCACCUUCGUGCUGCAGGACUGCGACGCCGACUCCGCCAUCGGCGACAGCGCCUCCCCGGACCUGCAGGCCAAGAGCCAAUGCUCGAGCAUGUCGGACGGCGAGCAGUUCGAGUGCUACGGGGAGAACGUGGAGCUGGAGCUGGAGCCCGAGUCGCCGCCGCGGCCGCAGAACGGCGUCAACGGGGUGCACAUGCUGGAGGAGCAGCUGCGCGAGGCGGAGCUGCGCGCGGAGGAGCGGCUGCAGGAGGAGCAGCGGCGCCACCGCGAGAUGAUGGCACGCGUCGAUCGCGAGAAGGAGCUGCACGUCGAGAACUACAGCAUCCGGCUGCAGACGCUGGAGCUGGAAGCCGGCAGCCUGCGCGAGGAGACGUCGCGGCUGCGCGCGCAGAUGGAGCGGCUGCGCGGCGAGAAGGCGUCGGCGGAGGAGCGGCUGGCCGAGGCGGAGGCGACGGCGGCGACGCUGCGCGCGGAGGCCCUGGCCGUGCGCGACGCCGAGCGCCGCUCCAGGGAGGAGGCGGCGCGGGAGCAGGCGGCCAGCGCGCAGCUUGUUGACGAGCUGAGCCGGGAUCUAGAACAACUUCGUAAAGAACAGGGAGUAUCAAAUCCUGCAGACAGUCAACACAGUGCACACCUUGCAGAACUGCAAAGUGAACUUAGCAGGUUACGUCAAGAAAAUAAAAGUCUGCGUGAAACAAAUGAAGAUUUACAAGCUCAAAUAUUAACUCGAGGAGUUGAAGAAGGUCGUAAUCUACUCGGUAGUGGAAACAGCAUUGCUGCAGAACUUGAAGCAAUGUCUGGAGAAGAGAUGCGUACAGCACUCAAGGAACAACAGGAAGUGAACACCCAACUACGGUCUUACAUUGAUGGAAUGUUACUGAAUAUUGUUGAAAAUUAUCCUCAACUUCUGGAAGUUAAAAUAAUACUGAAAUAAUUGUGGCCCGCAAAAUGGACUCACACUUAAACUCUUGAGAAGAUCUGUGGUGUGAAGUGAAUAGUGUUUGAAAUGUCAUUGGAGAAAGACUGAUUUGUGUGAUUUAAGCCACAUUCUACAAGAAUCUCGGGAAGAAACAUAAUUGAUUGAAAAGGCAGUGCUGUCAAACAGUGCUUUCUUCAUUUCAAAUAGCUGUUUAUUGUUGUUGGUAAGAAUUUGCACAUCAGUAAUUUGAGCUUAGUUAUUAUGUGCUUUGUAGACAAUACUGUGCAUAUACAUCAUUCAUGUGCUGGAUAAGAAGUAUAUUUAAAAAAUAUAUUCCAAUUCCCUGCUCUUGGAUGAUAGUUAUGCAGAUUUUCAAAAUGAAUCAUACAAACCCCAAAUAAAAAUUUUGAAAUGUGGUGGAAUUUUACUGUUUUGAAUUGUAGUUGUUACAGUUCAAAUAACUUUUGAACACUAAGGUUUUGGUAAUAUAGCUCUGCUAGGAAGUAAUUUAUAUAUAAUUUUCUAAAAAAAAUUGUUACCUGUGUUGUGGAUGAUAAGUUACCUUUAAAGGACUUGUCAAUACUGCAGAGUGCUGUGAGCUUAUUUGCCAGGAUUUCUUCAAAUUAUUUCAGAAAUUGCUGUGAAGCAAUUGUAAUAAGAAAAGAAAAUGUUUCUCCCUAUGCAAAUUCGUUCCAAUAGUUACAAACCUUUUGAAAAAAGUUUCCAAGCAUCAUCAGGUGUAAAUGUUAGAGGCAUCUCCAGAAGUGUUCUUUAAAAUGUCAGAUAUUGAGCUUUAUUAACAUUAAUUUUUACCUUGCAGAAUACUGUUGAUGAUGGUGUGUACAUGCUUUAUCACAGAUUGUUGUUCUUAGCAAAUAAGAUAAAUAUUUUGAUAUUUAAGGUAAAAAAUUGCAAAGAGCUCUAACAUACUACAUAUAUCUGUUACUAUUAGAAAAGAUUUUAUCUAUACAUAUUCAUCAGUGCAUGUAUGUCCCAAUGCCAAAUGUGAAGCAAGAGAAACAGGACACACUCCAGCUGAUAUGGUAAUCUUUGUCCUUUUUGCUGUGUCCUGGUUAAUCUUGUAUCUUGGAGGAAGUUUAGAUAUAUAUGAUGCACAGGCAAAAUGUUUAUUAUAGUUCAAGAAGUUUAUUUUGCAAUGACUAUGUUGAAGCUUGGAAUAUCCGUCCUUUAAGUGGAGGUGGCUGUGAAGAAAUAAGAUUACAUUUGUUGACUUUGCUACUCUGUCGGUUAUUGACCACUUUUAUUAUAAAGUUAUUUAUUGCUCCAUUUUGCUUUACAAAAAAUAUUGGUCACUUCUAUUAUAAAAUAAGAUGUUUUAGUUAAUUCUGUUCAUUAUGUUGAUGAAAGUUUGCCACUAUGUUUCAUAAUUUUUUUUGAGAAAAAUUAUAU